GCAUCCGCGCGUGGAUACUCUCGACGUUGCGCUAUACCUUGACAAGAGGCGAGAUAAGCCACCCCCCCCCCCGAGAUAAGCCCGUUGGGCACGACGGGCGACGAGGCGAAACUAUAGUAAUCUAGAGGCCGGAAAAGGGACCCCGGCUUCCUUUCCUCCGGACGCUAACUCGGGCUGACAAAGCAUGGAACGGCGGGAAGGUUGAUCGCCGAUACGGGAUUGGGAAGCGAGCUGUAGUGUUGCGCGAGACAACAGAACCAUCAGCGAAGAUGAGCCGCUUGGCGGUUUGUUUGAUGCUGCUCUCGGCGGUGCCGGGGAUACUCGGCGAUUGUCCUGCGGCGCGGCCGCCGCAGUGGGGCACCGUGAGGGAGAGAGUUCUUCAGGACGGCGCUCUGCGGAUUGUGUACUCGUGUGAGCCGGGCCGCAAGCUCAAGGGUCACAAGAUAGCGACUUGCACCGCCGACGGCUGGGACCAUCCCGUCCCGAAAUGCGUGCCUCAUAAUAUAUUACGGCGCUUUCGUAACGAUCUCUAUCUCGGCGAUCAACCAAUCGUCCCGGACAGGAGCAAGUUACAAAUCGCGAAGGAACGUCUUAAGGGGCCAGAGAGGGUAGACGAUUUGAAGAAACGCAGAAAAACGAAGGAGGGUAAGAAGAGGAAAAAGAAAAGGAAGAGGCCGGCGAAAUCGUCGGCGAGGCUGCCUGCAACGAGAUUAAAUGAAACCGUGGUGUCCCAACUGGAUAUCAGCUGCUUCGCGAGGAAGAUCCUCAGAAAGGGACAUAUUAGGGCCCCUUUGAUCGAGCAUGCUCGUCCCGCCAAAUACGCCAGAAGGAAGAACGUAUUGCCGCCGUACAAUCGAUACCUCGUUGCGGUUUACGAGUGCGCGGACGGGUACGUCUUCGUGGACUCGACGACGGACAGGCUUUUUUGCAGCAACGGCACCUGGCUCGGGCGUCGCCCGAAAUGCGUGAGGGACACUCAACUGCCGGCGGAUAAGGUGAAACGUUGCGAUCAGGGAACGGGCGAAUGCGAACACGUGUGCGAGGAUACGCCGAGCGGCAUAAAGUGCUCCUGCUUCGACGGCUUUCGAGCUAAAGGACCGUCCUGUAUCGACGUCGACGAGUGUGCAGAAGGCAUUGCGAAAUGCGCCGAUAUUUGCCGCAACGAGCCCGGUUCGUACGCUUGCGAGUGUCAUCGUGGUUUUCAGCUGGGAACCGACGGUCGUUCUUGCCAAGACGUCAAUGAAUGCCUCUCAAACAACGGUCACGGAUCCUGCCAAGGCACUUGUCGCAAUCUCGAUGGUAGCUACGAGUGCAGUUGCGAGGAUAUCCCUGGGUACAAAUUAGCUGCCGACAAUCACUCUUGCGAGGACGUCGACGAGUGCGCGCUAAACAACGCCAACUGUUCUCACCUGUGCUUGAACACACCCGGGAGCGUCUUCUGCCUCUGCCCGGACGGUUUUUACCUGACGAACGAUUGGAAAACAUGCCAGGAUAUUAAUGAAUGCGAGGCGACACCGACGAUUUGUGCAGAGAACACUGUGUGCGAGAACACAGUGGGAUCGUACAAAUGCACGAGUAGGGUACAACCGCACGUGGUAACGAAGAUCCUUCGAGAAGAGGACUACGAUGGCGAAAAUGAAGACGACGAGGACGAGGACAACGAGGAUUACGGAGAAGAGAUUACCGAAGUUCCUCAGAAUUCAAAGUGCGAAAACGGCUUCAAGAAAAACGAAAAUUUCGAGUGCAUUGGUAAGUGUAUCUAUGUAAACGAGUGCGUCGAGAGUGAGUCGCACGGCUGCCAGCACGAGUGCGUGAACGAGCCGGGCGGCUACCGUUGCACCUGUCGAGCCGGUUACGAACUCGAGGAGGACGGCGCGACGUGCAGAGACGUGGACGAGUGCAACAUACCUUUCCGAUCGUGUUCGCACACCUGUCGCAACACCAUUGGCGCGUACGUGUGCGAGUGUCCUUCGGGGUUCACGUUGAAGGACGACAACGCGACCUGCGUCGAGGAGCUCAGGAGCUGCGCCGGCCUGACGAAACCUUGCUCUCACGUCUGCGAGGACACCGUGGAGGGACCGCGAUGCGUCUGCCUGGCCGGAUACGAACUGUCGGACGACCGUGCGACCUGCACGGACGUCGACGAGUGCGCCCGGGGGGCUCCGUGUUCGCACUCGUGCGUCAAUUUGGACGGCGGUUUCGUCUGCACGUGCCCGAACGGUCUGGAGAUCCUGGAGCACGCGAGCAAAUUCAACUGCACCGACGUGGACGAGUGCGGCAGGGACGAUCACGGCUGCCAGCACCGGUGCGCGAAUCUGCACGGCGGAUACGAAUGCGCCUGUCACUCAGGGUUCGUCCUGGACACUGACGGCAGGUCCUGCAGCGACGUGGACGAGUGCGCGGAAAAUCGACACAAUUGCUCGCAUGCGUGCAAGAAUUAUCCCGGAGAAUACGAAUGCGUCUGCCCGGAGGGAUACCGGAUCCUGCAGGAUGCGCGCACGUGCGCCGACGUGGACGAAUGCGCGGAGGGAUCGCACGAGUGCUCGCACGAAUGCGUCAACGAGGAAGGCGCUUACAGGUGCGGCUGUCCUGGCGACAUGUCCCUGGACGAUACCGGGAGGAAUUGCGUUCUCUCCGACGCGUGCGAGAUCGCGAAUUGCAGUCACGUCUGCGAGAAGGAGCGGGACACCUACAGAUGCACCUGCCGGGAAGGAUACAUCUUGCAGGACGACGAGAGAACCUGCUUGGACAUGGACGAGUGUCUGGAGGAUGAGCACGAUUGCUCGCACGAAUGCAUUAAUAGCCCCGGGAGUUACCGAUGCGCUUGUCCGCGGGGUAUGAGGCUUCUCGAGGACGGCCUUACCUGCGGGGACUCGGUGUGCUCGCCAGGGCUUCGGCAGGACGAGGGCGGUCAGUGCCAGGACAUCGACGAGUGUGCCGAGGGCGGGCAUGAGUGCUCGCAUACGUGCUACAACACGUACGCGUCUUACCGCUGCUCGUGUCCUCUCGGCUGGAUCCUGGAGGACGACGGUCUCACUUGCGCGGAGCACGAUCCUUGCUCCAACUCCUCGUGCUCACACUCGUGCGUUCCGUCAGGCUCGGGUUACAGAUGCGAGUGUCCUCCGGGUUACCUUCUGGACGGGGAGACGUGUGAGGACGAAGACGAAUGCGAGGACAAGGCGGUGCACGGUUGCAGUCACGAUUGCAGAAAUCACGAGGGCUCCUACUCCUGCGUCUGUCCAGCGGGACUGGAGCUCGGGGAGGAUAAUCGCACGUGCGAGCUGCCGGAUGAUCCUUGCGCCAAGGAUCACGGUUGUUCGCAUACGUGCGAGCAGGACGACGGUCGCGUCCGUUGCGGUUGUCCGGAAGGAUACGAGCUGCGGGACGACGGGAAGACUUGUCGGGACGUGGACGAAUGCCUCGAAGGAUCUCACGCGUGCAGUCACGUUUGCGUAAACGUCGAAGGUGCUUAUCGUUGCCAGUGUCCUUCGGGAUUUCGGCUGGACGGCGAUCGUAAGACCUGCCAGGACAUUGACGAGUGUGCGUCCGAGGAGGCUGAUUGCUCUCAUGGGUGUUUAAAUGCAAACGGCACUUUUAACUGCACCUGUCCCGACGGAUACGAGCUGCAGGAUGACGGCAGGACUUGCGAGGAUGUGGACGAGUGCGUCGUCCUGGAUAAUCCUUGCUCGCAUAGCUGUGUAAACCGUAACGGCAGUUACGAGUGCUCGUGUCCUGCGGGAUAUCGAGGCGAGGACGGCAGGACAUGCGAGGACGUCAACGAGUGUAUCCAGGAUAACGGAGGGUGCUCGCACCUUUGCGCUAACACGGAAGGUGGGGUCGAGUGCGCGUGUCCCGAGAACUACGAGUUGCUGAAGGACGACGGCAAGACGUGCGUAGAGGUGGACGCAUGUUCCAUCGACAACGGGGGAUGCUCGCAUUUCUGUCAUCACGAGGAGGGCCGGUCGCACUGCUCCUGUCCGCCCGGAAUGGUCCUGCCAGAGGACGGAACGGUGUGCACGUACGAGAACGACUGUCUGCAGGACAACGGCGGCUGUUCCCACUUGUGUUACCACGAGGAUGGGAACGUGACCUGCGCCUGUCCGCCCGGUAUGAUCCUGGCGGAGGACCAGAGACUUUGCGUGCAGGAGGACGGGUGUGCGAUCGAGAACGGCGGCUGUUCUCACUUCUGCCACGAUCGUGACGGUAACGUGACGUGUUCGUGUCCCACGGGGAUGUCGUUGUCGCCGGACGACGACGCUCUUUGCAUUCACGAGAACAGGUGCGACGGCGAAUGUUCGGGUACCUGCGUCCUCUCGGACGGUUCGGUCGUCUGCGAGUGUCCCGAGGGCUACCGUCUCUCGCCGCAGGACAACGCUACCUGCGUGGACGUCAACGAGUGCCUGGAGUUGCGGGACAACUGCACUCAUCAGUGCCUGAACACCCCCGGCGGCUACAACUGCAGCUGCAACGUCGGCUUCUCGCCGAAUCCUCAAGAUCCUACUCUGUGCGACGACAUCGACGAGUGCCAGGUCGAGAACGCAGGAUGCUCGCACUCCUGCGUGAACCUGGUGGGCGCCUUCAGAUGUCAGUGUCCAGCGGAGUACUCUCUAGAGCGGAACAACAGGACCUGCGUCUUAACAGACGGCUGCAGGAGCAACAACGGCAACUGUUCCCAUCACUGUCAUCGAGUAGACGACGUGACUCCGAGCAUCCGUUGUUCCUGUCCGCUCGGUUUCCGCCUGAGGCGCGAUCUCAAGACCUGCGAGGACAUCAACGAGUGCGAGGAGUUGGAGAAUGACGUGGACUCCGGCUGUUCUCACACCUGCGUCAACACCGAGGGCGGUUAUCGGUGCGAGUGCCCGGUCGGUUUUAUCCUGAUGCCGGACAACCGGAAGAAUUGCGUAGAUGUGAACGAGUGCCUGACCAGCGGUCACAAUUGCACUCACGACUGCGUGAAUCUGCUGGGCGGCUACGUGUGCACCUGCUACGAGGGACAUUACCUGGACACCGACAAUUCUACUUGCUUGGAUAUCGACGAGUGCCUCGAGCGAAAUGGCGAGUGCUCGCACAAUUGCACCAACAUCAGUGGCGGUCACGUCUGCUCUUGCCCGACGGGCUACGAGCUGUCGCAGGACGAGAAGACCUGCGUCGAUGUCGACGAGUGCGCGAGCGACAACGCCGGUUGCGGCCACGGGUGCGUCAACACCGUGGGGUCCUUCCGCUGCGAGUGUCCGCCGAAUCAUGAGUCCUGGAAUGGAUCCUGCCGGCCGUCCGAUCCUUGUCUGGACCGUAACGGUGGCUGCGAGCAGAUCUGCGCCGCGGUGAACGGUACCGCGGUAUGCUCGUGCGAGAAAGGCUUCCAAAGGGACGAGGCCGAUGGUUUCAGGUGUCGCGAUAUUGACGAGUGCCAGGAGCAGCACGGCUGCGAUCACAUUUGCGUCAACAAGCCCGGCUCGUACGAAUGCAUAUGUAAAGAAGGCUACCGAAUGGAGAACUCCGCUUGCAUAGACGUCGACGAAUGCGCAGCCGGUAUUUGCAAGGGCAACAAAUGCACCAACGUGCCGGGCGGCUAUCGCUGCGAGUGCGAGGCGGGAUAUCGAUUCCAGGGUGAUAUCUGUGUAGACGUCGACGAAUGCGCGGAGGAGGCGUCCUGCAGCGAGGGAUGCGUCAAUAUACCCGGCUCGUACUACUGCACGUGCCCCACCGGAUUUCGUCUGCAGGGGGACGAAUGCGUAGAUAUCGAUGAAUGCGAGUGGCGUCGCGGCAGAUGCGAUCAAGAGUGCGUCAAUACCGCAGGGUCGUUCGUUUGCGCCUGUCGUGCCGGAUAUACGAGUCAGUGUCAAGACGUGAACGAGUGUCUAAACCGGAACGGCGGUUGCGCCGGCGAGUGCAUCAACACCGCCGGAAGUUACCGCUGCGCCUGCAGCAAGGACUCGGUGCUGGCGCCCGACGAGCGAACUUGCGUGCCGCCGACGUCGAGGUGUCGCGCCAUGGAGCCACCCCUGCACGGAGAGGUCAGAUGUCCGGGCCACCCUUCCGGCGCAUCCGUCUACCCGCAGGGCGCCAAGUGCCACGUCCGAUGUCGCAGGGGCUUCCGGCUGGAAGGGGCGCACACGAGACACUGCGUUAGCGACGGCCGCUGGAACGGGGAAGAGCCUAUAUGCCUGCGCGAAGUCGCGACAGACCCCCUUUACAAUCCAAACACGCCGCGGCCGUUCGUGAGCUGCCCCCAGGACAUGGACGUCGAACUACCGGCUAGGCAAAACACGAUACGCGUAACUUUCCCGCAGCCGAAGUCCAACAUGGACUGGUGGAGAUAUGUGCACGCUUCACCUCCGUGGGCAAAGCAAUUGCAAGCGGAUCUGCCGGCGGGCACGACGGUCGUUACCUUCACGGCGUGGUCACCGGUCUCUAAUUACACCAGCACCUGUAGGAUCGUGAUAAGAGUUCGCGACACCGAGAACCCUAAGGUUACAAUGUGCCCCGUGUCGUUCGAGGUCAGGCUGAGCCCGGGAGAACGGAACCGCCUGAUAUUUUGGCAAGAACCGACCUUCACUGAUAACGUCGGCGUGGAGCACGUUUACAAAACGAGGGGACCCGGACACGUGAUGUAUCCCGGCGUUCACAAUGUGCGCUACGUCGCCUCGGAUGCAGCCGGAAAUCGAGCCGAAUGCCAUUUCUCGAUACACGUGAGAGAAUCCGCGGAUGGUCGCGACUCCGAGUGGCAAAUACCGAGCGGUUGUUACUUAAGAUACACCAGAAUCUUCUCCGGGGCUUAUCAGCGACAUCCGGAACAUCGGCAGAACGGCUACCGGGACGCUGGGGCGCCUUAUCGCGAGUUUCCGCCUAUCCGGCAGACCCCGAGUCGCCCGGACCACGCCAGGACGUACAGCGCCGACGAUCGUAAGUGUUCGCACGCGUCACGACUCAGGACAAUGCGUGUUUCAUCGGAGCGGGGUCAAUCCAUAAUUUAA